GAUGUUAACACUUGCCUCAACAACAGAAGGGACUCUCCCUUAUUUCUUGCUGUCAAGUUGAGCCAUGCUUCAAUUGUGAGAACUCUGUUGCUGUCACCUGGAUGUGACCUUGCACAUCAGAAUAUUAAUUAUUACUCCCCUAUAGAUCUGUCAUUGGUAAGUCCUAUUUUACUCUCUUACCUAUCAGAUUGUUUAUGUUUCUUUAACACAUUUUAUUUACGUUUGAUCAACCAUUAUCUAGAUGCAUCAAAUCAAUCAACUUUUGAAGGUGUCAGAUUUAAGUUUGGUGAAGUUAGUAAAUAUGUUCCUAUGCUUUGUUUAUUUUUGAAAGCUAUAUAAAAUACAUCUUGUCAAAUUGCCUAACAACUUUACAAUGACAACAACUUUGGCAGGAAAAUAAAACAAGGGGAUCUGGAUAUAAAUAUAUCCAGUUGUCUAAGUUCAAAUAUUUGAAUACCCUUAUUCAAAAUUAUAAUAUAAAAGAAAUUCUUUGAAAAAGAUAUUAGACAAUGACACUGUUUUCAGUAAGGUAGUUCUUCAUAUACUGUAAAGGCAAGGCAAAUAACUUUAAAUAUCCCACAUUUUUAGUAAGGGUUUUCAUUAAUAAACAAUUUUUUUAAAUUUGAUAGUGACGUAGGUUACAGAUUCUUCCUUAUUGCAUUAUUACAUACAACUUAAAACAAUAUGUUUUAAAAAUUGUUGUUUUUCGGUAAUUGUUGUAUAUUUAUUCAAAGUCCAUCUUAAUAUUAUACAUAAAAAAAUUAAAACCAGAUAGCUUUUUAAAAUGAAUUUUGUGUUCUUCAUUUAAUGUUAAUCGAUGUUCCAUUAUUUCAGGUUAUGGUUUAUGACAACCAGAAGGAGCCUCGCCAGAGUGCAUGCUGGAAUAUUCUUGAAAUGUUAUUAGAAGCAGGAGCAGAGCCUGCUUGCCCAGAUGCCAUGCUGUAUGUUAUAAGAACUGCCCUAAAGCUUAAUGAUGAUCAGUUUAUUCUACGCCUUAUCUGCACCUUAAUUGAUUAUUCCAGAUCAAUUGAACUGCAUUCCUUGCUGCUUUGUAAACUGCAUCGCAAUCAGCCCCUAUAUUCAGGAGAAUUCUUUGAUGAGUUUCUUGAACGUGGUUCAGACUAUACUGUAAAGCUUAUAAAGUUUUGCAGUAGCAAAGAGAACCUCCAGCACAUUGUUGCUUGUUUUCCUUUUUAUCUUGAUUCACAUUGGGACUCUCGCCAUCGCAGGGAUAGUUUGUUCAUAAAGCUUGUUGUUUACCUGAGCGUUGUUGGCUGGAAGUGGACAGAUCAGGCAGACAUUGACUGCAUGGCAAAAAUAAGUCCAGGAUUGGCUCAGUGGUGUCACAGAGCUACACGAACUCCUAUCUCCUUGACCCAUGCAUGUCGUGUCUCACUGACGUCAAGUUCAUAUGCCAGACAAUUCAUUCUGCCGUCAAAGAUCCCAAGCAUGCUGCUCAGUUAUCUCAACUACACUGAUGUUGAU